AUGGAUGACGAGUUUUCUCCUAGGCGACGAGAUGUAAAAAGAGAAGCGGCGUUCUCUUCCCUGAAAAGACUGAGAACAGACCUAAAUCUUGCUGAAAUUCUUAUUGUUUUUACCACAACAUCCGCCCUCCCUGCCUUCCCUGGCCUGUACGAUCCUGUUUCUGUUUCGCUGAGGGCACUCUUCCUGUGCGAGCUGGUUUUGAGAGCCGGCGUCUCUCUUGACUCGCAGAAGAUACUUACAUCAGUGGACUCCUACAUGCCAAUUGAUGAAGUGCAUGACGAAGUAUACGCGAAGAUCAAAAAUUCAAAAAAGCUCAAAGCGGUUGACAAGUGGCUUCUAUUGCUCAACGGAGAGUCGUACUCGCUCAAAAAGGACAAGUACCACGUAAAAAACGCAAGAAAAAGAAUAGGAAAGCUUCUUAUCUCGAAAAAUAUACUGAAAAAACAGAAAAGCAAAACGCGCGAGUUUAUUGACUUUGUGACCAGCAGAGCCAGCGGAAGCUCAGUGCCCGCCGUAGCAUGCAAAGGAGUAAAGUCCAAGAUAUCUACAGAAAUAAUUACGUAUCUUACAGGCACAGUGCGGUACGAAGAAAAAGAUGUUCUCAAACUGGACAUUCUUGUGUGCUCCUUUGUUUUCUGCAAUGUCAUGGAAGAUGUGUACCUUACGCUUCCCCCAAGCGCGGCUGAGAUUGCUCAGAAGAAGGUGAGGGACAUUAUAACCCGCUACACGUCUUCGCUUGGAGACAGCACACAGCCAACUGAGUGGGGUAUCUACUGUAUUAUGCGCUCUUAUUUGAAACUUGGAACUUGGAUAUAG